AUGCAUCUUCUGGAGUCCUUGGCUUUCACACUGGGGGUUGGCCUCACUCUCCUGACUACCACCAAUGCAGUCCCGAGCAGUGAAAAUGUCUGCGUUGUUAAGGCAAGGGGCCACCAUUUGGAUGACGUCCCAAAUAUCCUCCAAGCAUUUAAAAAGUGCAACAAUGGGGGUACGGUUGUUUUCCCGGAAGACCAGUCAUACUGGAUUGCCACGCGCCUAAAUCCAGUCCUCAAUGACGUGGCCAUUGAAUGGCGUGGAAAAUGGACACUAAAAGAACAUUAUAUCAAGUUUUCCGACGACCUGAGCUACUGGCGCAAUAACUCGUAUCCUAUUGCCUUUCAAAACCACCAUGCCGGAUUCAUCAUCUCAGGAAACGACAUCAAGAUCAAUGGCUAUGGUACGGGCGGUAUUGAUGGAAAUGGCAACGUCUGGUAUGAAGCAGAGAAGGGCGAUACCCAGCCAGGCCGUCCAAUGCCGUUCGUAUUCUGGAACGUCUCACAAGUCGAGGUAGAUGACUUUUAUGUGAAGGACCCGCAGUUAUGGAGCUUAAAUAUCAUGAAUGGUACAAACAUGCGGUUCAAUAACAUCAACUGCAAUGCGACCGCCGUCAAUGCUCCAUAUGGUGAGAACUGGGUGCAAAAUACAGAUGGAUUCGGUAAGAGCACCAUACGUAGGAGAUUCAAAAUUGGCCGUCUACACGACACUGAUAUACCUCCUUGCAAAACAGAUACGAUGGAUGUCAACAAUGUUCAACUCACGAACUUGAUAUACCAAGGUGGUGAUGACUGUGUAGCAAUCAAGCCACGAUCAUAUAAUGUGGACAUUCGUAAUGUCACCUGCCAUGGCGGAAAUGGCAUUGCAAUUGGCAGCCUUGGGCAAUAUCUAGAGGACUCUGGUGUGGCAAAUAUUGUGAUCGACAAUGUGAAAGUUAUUCGCAGGAAUAAUGACAUGGAGAAUGGUGCCUACAUUAAAACAUGGAUGGGCGGGCUUGUUCCACAAAGUUCAUAUGAAAGUGCCGGGCUUCCAAGGGGCGGAGGCUGGGGAAGUAUUAGCAAUGUUCUCUUCUCAAAUUUCGAGAUAGAAGGUGCUAGCUCGGGGAUUGCUAUUACCCAGGACAGUGGGGACAAUGGCUCCUAUGUUGGAACGAGUAAGAUGAGUAUCUCAAACGUUGCCUUUGUCAAUUUCACCGGGAUCUUUCGCGGUGGCAACACAAGCACGCUCAGUGAUCUUAACCCAGAGAAUAAACGCCGCGAUCUCGUUGUUCUUUCUGCACUAAUCGAACAUCCACAUGCUGGGUUAAUUCUAUUCGAGACUGGGUGUGCUGAAGACCUUGAAGUGUGGGGAGCUCCGCUCACAGAUAUAUUUCCACGGAUUGAAUACUCAGAGGGUCAAAAGCUUCCAAAUGCCAUUAAAUCAGCUGGCUAUGACAUCAAGGAUAUCAAGGCUGUUGUAAUUGGCCAUCUGCAUCUCGACCAUGCUGGCGGACUCGAGAACUUUGUAGAUACAGAUGUGCCUAUCUAUGUUCAUGAAGAAGAGUUCAAGCACGCAUGUUGGGCUAUCGCAACUGGUGCUGAUCUUGGCGUUUAUCUGGGACACUAUAUGCUCCUCGAGAAGCUUAAUUGGAGUACUUUCACCGAAUCUACCUUGGACCUUUUCCAAGGCAUCACUCUUCACCAUGCGCCUGGCCAUACCCCCGGGCUUUGUAUGAUGCAAGUGAAUCUUGAAAAGGAUGGUACCUUCAUUUGGACCACUGAUCAGUUUCACGUCGCGGAGAAUUAUGAACUCGGACAUCCCCACGGCGGACUAGCAAGAGACCACAAUGCCUGGUAUCGCAGUCUCAAUCUUGUUCGCCGGCUCCAAAGACUUUAUAACGCGCGGCUGAUCUAUGGGCAUGAUAAGGGUGUAUUCAACACUUUGAAAUCUGAAAAGAAGGUUUUUGAGUGA